UUCGAAGCGGCCGGCAAAGAGCGGCAGCGGCAGGCAGUAUGAGGAGCGCGCCGAGAGCGCGGCACGCCGCUUGUCUCCUGUGAAUGGGGGCCCCCACCACGACGCUCGUGUCCGGCGGCGGGCCGCCGCCGCUGGUCCCGCUUCUUGUCCUGGCGCUGGCGGCCACGGCAACCGCGAGGGCUGCUUCUUCGUCGGCCUUCCUCAGCUCCAUGUUCGCCGCGCAGACGCAGCAGGACCCGUGCUUCGACGAGAUGAACAACCCGCGCCGGUGCAUCCCGGACUUCGUCAACGCCGCGUUCGGCAAGGAGGUGCGCGUCAGCUCCGAGUGCGGCAACCCGCCGUCGCGCUACUGCGCCACGGCCACCGACGAGAAGGGCGAGAUCGUGCGCAACUGCCAGAUCUGCGACGCGGGCAAUCCGAAGCGCCGGCACCCGGCCGCCUACCUGACCGACCUGAACAACCCGAACAACGUUACCUGUUGGAUGUCCGAGCCUUUCCAGCAGCCGCUGCACAACGUGUCCCUGGUUCUCAGCUUGGGCAAGAAGUACGAACUGACCUACGUGAGUCUGCAGUUCUGCGGCGCCAAGCCGGACUCCCUGGCCAUCUUCAAGAGCACCGACCACGGCCGCUCGUGGCAACCGUUCCAGUUCUACUCUUCGCAGUGCCGCAAGAUGUACGGCCGCCCGAACCGCGCGUUGAUCACGAAGGCCAACGAGCAGGAGCCGCUCUGCAGCGACCCGCAGUCGAGCACCGAGCAGCUCUCCGGGGCUCGCAUCGCCUUCUCGACGCUCGAAGGACGGCCGUCGGCCUACGAGUUCGAUAGCAGUCCAGUGCUCCAGGAGUGGGUCACCGCCACCGACGUCAAGGUGGUCUUCAAUCGUCUCACCAACUGGGCGCUGCCGGAGCCCGCCGACAACGAGACCCUGGUGCCAGCGCGCGACGCCUCCUACUACUACGCCGUGUCCGACUUCGCCGUGGGCGGCCGCUGCAAAUGCAACGGCCACGGCUCGCGCUGCGUCCAGAACAGGGACGGCCAGCUGGCAUGCGAGUGCAAGCACAACACCGCGGGCCGUGACUGCGAGAAGUGCAAGCCCUUCUACUACGACCGGCCGUGGGGGAGGGCCACGGCACACGAUGCCCACGAGUGCGUCCCGUGCAACUGCAACCUGCACGCCCGGCGGUGCCGCUUCAACAUGGAGCUGUACAAGCUGUCGGGUCGCCAGAGCGGCGGCGUCUGCCUCAACUGCCGCCACAACACGGCCGGACGCCACUGUCACUACUGCAAGGAAGGCUAUUACCGGGACCAUUCCAAGCCCAUCACCCACCGAAAAGCGUGCAGAGCGUGCGACUGCCACCCAGUGGGAGCCUCGGGGCGCACCUGCAAUCAGACCACGGGCCAGUGCCCCUGCAAGGACGGCGUCACCGGAACCACGUGCAACCGCUGUGCCAAGGGAUACCAGCAGAGCCGGUCGCCCAUUGCACCAUGCAUCAAGAUACCUACUGUGGACCACUCGAUUAUGUCAGCUGGAGGACCCGAACAAUGCUCGAAAUGCAAAACAACAACAAAGAGAAUCAACCAAAGGAAGUACUGCAAGAGGGACUUCGCCAUCCAGGCCAACGUGCUGUCCCGUGAGACGGUGGGCAGCUGGGUGCGAUUCAGCAUCCAGGUGGUGGACAUCUUCAAGUAUGGCCCGUCCAAAGUGCGGCGCGGCAACGACUUCCUUUGGGUGCCCAUGGCCGACCUGGCCUGCAAGUGCCCAAAACUAAGGCUGAAGAGCAGCUACCUCAUUCUCGGCAACGAAGAGAUGCAUGACGGCCAGCCAGGCCUGACUGCGGACAAGAACAGCAUCGUCAUCGACUGGAAGGAUGAGUGGGGAAGGAGGCUGCGAAAGUUUCAAAGGCGGCAAAGGAAAGAAUGGUCUGAAGAAGGCUAUGAGGAGCCCUCACACUUUACGCAGUGUCUAAUGAGCAUUUACCACAAUGAGACUGUGUCCUUUGAUGUUGCAGACGAUGACAUUUUGCCAUCCUGAUAGUGAGCUAUAGCCAUGUUUAAAUACAUCUUGAGAUCCCCUCAGUGAAAAAGAACUAAGAUGUUGUCAAAGUACUCCAGAAUGCUUAGUCAAGGUAUUUUUAUGUUUGUUUGUCUUUUAAAAAAGUGUUUCUGCUGGUACCCAUGAAUUCCAAGCAAUCCAAACUAACGCCCGAGAGCUGUCACGUCAUCAAGCAAACGAAAUGAGUUUACGCAUUUGAAAUGCUGUCACAGCUGCAUUUGAUGCUCAUGUGACUCUGGUCACCGGUAGUCAUUGAGCUAAAGCUAAUAAGUAGACACAUAUCUAUUACACGUGACCUCCUUGUCUAUAGUUGAUGAGGAAUGUUGCUGGCAUUGACAGAAAAAGUUAAGGACAAGACAAUUAGGCAUGUUUUUUAACACAAGGACCAAUAAAAUGGACUGCAAAACACAGUCUUCAUCACAGCAUUUAGUGUUAAACAUGCCCGUGUAAUAACAAGAAAUUUGUAUACAGUAAAAGAAUUGUUCAACUGAUGACCACAGGUGUAGUACAAUAUAUGGAACAAACUUGACCACACCAUUCUUUGUCAAGAAUAGCAAAAUUUAUCCAAAAGCGCAUACGUCAACGGACCACCAAUGCCAUGACUAUGGCAUUUUGACAAGACUGUCACACUGCGUGUUCCUACAGCAAAAUACUGCUACCUCAUGAAGUUGUAAAUCAAGAAUGAGAAAAAAAAAAAGUCCCACAACGUUGUCUUUUUUCUUCCUUUUCUCCCAUUCAACACAGAUGCUUUGAAUUAUACUCAUAAAGAAGUUAAAAAUGAAAGAGACAGAAAGAAACAUGGAGAGAAGUACUUAAGUGCACAAUUUUGGGUUUGUUAGCGCAAUAACAUUGCAUGACAUACUACAUGCAUGCGAGUAUUCACCCUAAAUACAUCAGGUAUUACAGACCAUGCUCAGUGGAUCAAUGUGUAGGCGUGGGAAUAAAUAUGCAGCCAUAUUUUACAGUCAUUUUGCAGCCCUGACAGUGCACACAGCCUCGAGCCUGCCUUGUGCCAAACCAUUCACUGCAUGUGUGAAACCAUGCAAGUCACAUUGCAAUGUAACUUUUCUAGUUGUGCUGUCAAUAGUACUGGCCAUAGCUUUGGUAAGUCACCCGAGAUGUUUAUACACACAAUCCACGGUUCUGAGCUGCAAUCCAAGCAGUCGCAUUGUACAUGCUGCAGACAUCAUGCGAUUCUUGAUUCCUAUAAGCAGUGCAAUGGGUAAUACCAAAGUUUCUCGAUGCAGUAGCAGCUGCAAAACCUUGGCACUAGACAAAAAUGGUUGAGUUUGUAGAACAGAACCACUCGUCAAGGGCUGUAUUGAAUGUAUUGCCAUUGACUGACUCGUGCUGUAGGGUGUAGUAAUGACUGAACUAUCAAUUCAAGUAUAUUUCUCUUAUGGAAGGGGUGGGGAGGGGGGAGAUUGCAUUCAAUCUUGAAUAAAAUUCUAUCCAAGACAUGCAGACUACGUACACACAAACAAAUUAAGCAGUUAACGUUACUGCUCUGAAGUACAGCUGUAGCAAUCUGGUAAAAAGUUUUCUCAAGCAAACAUAUGAGCACUGAAGAUCUACCAGGUGAGGGUGAAAUGCAUUAACAUCUUUGUAAACUUGCAAACAAUGAGAAAUGGAACAUUUAGGUUCAUUCCCAUUGGUUGCCCACAAAUUUUUUUUUCGUGGUGGAGUAAGAAAUGUACAGCACCCUUCCUGUAGAUUCUUCAACAGGAGAGCUACUUAAUGAAGUCUCGUGGCAUUAUCAGAUUAAUAAUUAAUCACUCUCUGAAUGCCAAUUAAGUAUUCUCAUUCGUAUUGGACCCGCUCUGUACCCCUAAAAACCCCUAAUGUGUAACAAAUAAUUAAAAAAUUUCCAUUUUAGUGUCAGUCAUAGCGUAGAUGUUUCCAUGAGGCAACAGACACGAGUUGGAUGCACCCAGGAAGCCACAUCAACUGAAUGCUUGCUUACCUACUUUACUAAAUAACAAACAGCAUGACUCAAUUUUACUGGAUUCCAUGAUACCACAUGAGAUGUGAAAUGUGAUGUUGAUACAUGUCUAGCGUAUAAAGCAAAAGUGUUUCAUUGUGCCAAAAAGCAGAUGUGCACACCCUUGUUUAGAAUAAAAUAAAAAAAAAGACUUGCCAAGUUUCUUUUUUUCUGUAUUCUCAUAUUUGGCGUUUCACUUGCUGCAUUGAAAGAAGCGUUGAAGAAUAUAAAUGUAUA